AUGAUCCGACAGUUGCUGUCCAGGCCUGUGGACCCUCCAAUCAACAAAGUGAUCAUUUCUGGAGCCAUUCCCUAUCUGAUAAAGUUCUUGGAAGUGAAUAUACCGGAUUUGCAAUAUGAAUCAGCUUGGGCUUUAACGAACGUUUUGUCUGGUAGUAGCGAACAGACGAUGCAAGUCGUGAAUAUGGGAGUCAUUUCACCGUUAAUUAAUUUGCUGGGUUCCAGUUCCGAGUGCGUUGCCCAGCAAAGUGUAUGGGCACUUGCAAAUAUUGCCGGUGACUGUGCGAAGUUACGAGAUAUGGUAAUCGAUCUGGGUGCUAUUCCGCACUUUUUGCAGCUUGUCGAGAAGCCAAUUUCAGUUGAUUUUUUGAAAACGUUGUCUUGGGCCAUUUCUAACCUUUGUCGCAGCAAAAAUCCGGUUCCUUCCACAAACACUGUUACGCAGCUGAUGCCCGCCUUAAUUCGACUUCUCAAUAACGAAGACCACGAGGUAGUUGCCGAUGCCUGUUGGGCAUUUUCGUACAUUUCUGAUGGUUCUGAAGAUCGAAUCGACCUUGUUUUACAGUCUGGCAUGUUGAGCCGUAUUGUAGCUUUGGCCCACUGCUCACACUCAAAUGUUGUUCCUCCUGCGCUUAGAGCUCUUGGUAACAUCGUUACUGGAAAUGAUCGCCAAACUCAGAUGGUUGUGGACACAGGGAUCUUAAAAACCCUAAUGCCAUUGCUGCUGCGUUCGUCGAAAAAAGCGAUAGUCAAGGAAGCAUGUUGGUUGAUAUCGAACGUUGCCGCUGGCACUACUGACCAGAUGCAGGAAAUCUUAAAUUCUGGAAUAAUGUCUCUUGUCAUUGAGCUUCUUAGCGAGGGCGAUUUUCGAACACAGGUAGAAGCAACAUGGGUCGUUUACAACAUCGCUACUGCUGGUAAAGAUCAGCAGAUCGAUUUUCUAGUGACUCUAGGCGUACUGCCAGCAUUGUGUAAUUUCCUGAAGCGAAAAGAUCCAAAGAUACUCGGCAUUUUGCUUGAUGCCAUUUAUGACAUUCUAGAAUUAUAUUUUGUUAAUUUUUUGCAGGCAUCGGUGAGGAACAACAAAUUAGAUCUUGCGACGCUCUCAAUCGAGGAGUGUGGUGGCCUUGAUAUAAUUGAGAACCUCCAGAACGAUGUGAGCGAUGAAAUAUAUGCGAAAUCUUUGCAUAUCAUAGAGAAGUUUUUCUCCUCAGAGGUGACUAAAUUUAUUGAUGAAAACUAA